AUGCUUAUAAACUGCAGCAGUGAGAGCUUCCUUCCUUCCUCCAUGUGGGCUGAAGAGGCAGGUGGAGUCUCUGCUAUUUCAAGUUGGUUUCCUGAACAAACAACACAUCCUGUUCGGAGUCUUUCCGUGACAUUCACAGCUCAGAGACUCCUCUGGAUCUUCACAGGACGAGUGAAUAGCUACGGUGACGAUGAAGAUGAUGCCAGCAGCUCCUCUGACAGUGAAGACGAGGUCCUGAAGCAGUUUGAGAUCUCAGUGUCGCGUUCGCAGAGUUUUCGUACCCCGGCAGCUGACGCCGGCGAGCAGACUCAGCUGGCUUUGAGCCGACGCCAUAAAUUCAACCGACUGUCGGACCAGGAGGAGGGCAGCACAGAGCCGUCGGACUGUGAAGAAAUGGAGGCUCAGAACCGGCAAGGUUUCCAGGACCCGCUCUCUGCAGCGGUAGAAGAGAGCGAGAGGGCGUCUGCUGCGCUCGCUGUGGGCAAACCUGAUGGACUUGAGGGGUCAUUGGGCGCCAGGGACAGCCCCACCCCCAGCACGCACCGCCUGGCCGCAGACGGCAGCGAGGACGCCGAAAAUGCCGUAGGUGUCGACAAAAAUGACGCCACAGACAGCUCCUCCACCUGGAGCCCCGAGCAGGAGCAGCCUCCUCUCAACGAGAUCUCGUCCCAGCCGGUCAGCGCUCCCACCCGACCUCCCAUCUCUAAAUGUGGCGACCUGGUCCUCUCUCUGGAGUACCGCCCCGACGCGGAGAAGCUACUCGUCUCCGUGAUCGCGGCCCGGGACAUCCCCGACAAGGCUCGCAGCGGGAUGGACUCCUGGCAGGUGCACAUGGUCCUGCUGCCCUCCAAGAAGCAACGCCACAAGACGUCGGUACAGAAAGGUUCACUGCCGCACUUCAACGAGACAUUUCGCUUCUCGCGCCUGGACCCGUCAGAACUGCACAUGGCGGCUGUCCGGUUCCGGCUGUACGCGCUCGGAGGCAGGAUGUCCCGUGAGCGAAUGAUGGGCGAGAAGCUUCUGCGUUUAGGUGGUCUUGACCCGGACGGAGGGACGAUGGAGACGACGCUGGUUCUGGAGCCUCGCAGUAACCUCAAGAGCGUGGACUCCCAGCUGAGCCUGUCCGCUGUGUCUCAGAGCGACAGCGCCUCGUCCACGCAGUCUCUGACCCACGGUGGCGUCCCCGAGCUGCUGGUGGGUCUCACCUACAGCGCCACCACGGGACGCAUGUCUGUGGAGCUCAUCAAGGGCAGCCACUUCAGAAACUUGGCCAUCAACAGACCCCCAGACACCUACGGGCGACUGACUCUGUUGAACUCGGUCGGUCAGGAGAUGUCUCGGUGUAAGACGUCGGUGCGUCGCGGCCAGCCCAACCCCGUGUACAAGGAGACCUUUGUCUUCCAGGUGGCGCUGUUCCAGCUGUCGGACGUCACGCUGCUGGUCUCCAUCUACAACCGCCGCAGCAUGAAGCGCAAAGAGAUGGUGGGCUGGAUCGCCCUGGGCCAGAACAGCAGCGGCGAAGAGGAGCAGCUCCACUGGCAGGACAUGAAAGAGGGUCGGGGACAGCAGGUCUGCCGCUGGCACGUCCUGCUGGAGGCGUAAACGCCACCAAGAUGUAGGAUUUUUACGUCUAAGGUGAAAGGGAGUUUCAUUUGAGGGAUGGAAAGACGACCUCGACGUGAUCUGCGGACCGGAGAAUGCAUGUGGUUUCAGAGGACACAUCUGUCCACAGCAACCUCACACCUGGCUGGUUAUUUUCUGUCAACAUGUGGAACAAACUCAUCUGCUUUUGGAGGCCGACACAAGUUUAAAAUAUAAUCUUUCUGUUGAAAAAUGAGGAAGAAAAGCCUUCAGCAAAUGACAAAAAGACAUUGAAUUUGGAUUCAGUCAUGCUGUUCAAGUGGCAAUAAAGAAAGUAUUUCUUUGUCAUGAAAAAGCUUUCUAGAGCGUCCGUCGGCCUCCAAGAGGAGCUGAGAAUGUCCUUCACUUUUCAUUGUGAGACGAGGGAGCUGCAGUUCUGUUUUUCUGGUAAAUCGCUGUGUUAGAACGUACACACAGUUUUAGAGGUGUGUUUGUGUGACUUGUUGUUUCUAAAUGUUCUUUUACUUGCUCGCACGUCAGUGGAGAUGCAAACAAAACGGCACUGCAGCACGUUCACUAAUGCAGACAGGAAACACAAACAUGCAGCGUCCUGAAAAUCUAAUAUUGAUCAUUAUUGUCACAUCCUCUCAGAGGUCUCUGUUACAGUUUCUGUCAGCUCCUCGUCCUCCUUCAUCAACGCAUCAGUUUAAAAGUUUUUAGCAACAGAAGACAGGGUACAAAAUUAACAACAUCGUGCAGAACAUUUGGUUGUAACUGCAGUUUAAACUGUUUACUUUAUUUCUGCCUGUGAGCUCUGUGGUGAACCUGAGAGACACAUGAUGGAUUAUAAAGAUUAUUCAGGGCUCAGUCCACACAUUUGUUGUUUACAGCACUGUGGCGUACGCAGUCUCUUCCAAGGAGUGUUACAAUAAUUUCUCACCUGGCAGAGCACAGUCCUUACCACAGCAGCUCAGGUUUGAUUGCUGCAUGUCACUCCUUCCCUCCCUUUCCUGUCUCUGUCUGCAGCUCUCACUGUCCAAUAAUGAAAACAAAACAGAAAUAAAUAAAAAGCACACAUUUGUAUUGUACAAACAUAUAAAAUACACACACACAGUAACUGCUAAGGACAUAUAACCUUUCAUAGAGUAUAAUUUGUUUUAGUGCCUGUAUGUUAAUAGUAUGGAUGCAUCCAAAGUUAUGUUAAAAACAUUUAAACAAUAAUUUAAAGCUUUGAUUUUUUUAAAUGUUAAAUAAGGAAAAUCCCUCUUCCGCUCCCCCUUAAAGGUGGAGUAAGCAAUUCUGGAGAAAUCCCAAUACCAUGACGAAUACCAUGAUACAGAGCGAACAACGACACAGCAAGUAAUGUAACUAACGUCAGCGAGGUUGUGGGUUAGCAAACUGCUGCUACAGUGAAGCUAACAUGCAGAGAGGACGAGAGAGGACAGCAGUACUCACAACUCUCCUGCUACUGUAGCUAACAUCACAACAACAGCAUGCCUUGGUGAACUAGAAAGUGAGCUGACUUUUUAAUUUAUAAAUGGCACAAACUGGAAAUUUCCAUUAAUUAGUUGAAAUACAGCUGCUUUCUACUUAAAUCAGCGGCAUAAAAAUAAAGCUGAUACAGUGACCAUGAAUACAGUUUUGGUUUUGCUGCU